AUGGCUGAGCAGGAGCUGAUCCUGCCCUGGGGCAGAGGGAUCGACCGCGUGGCCUGCCCUAUAUUCCGUGUCUGUGACCGUCUGUGCCGUGAUGUGCCUGAUGACCUCUCCAUAGAAGAAAGGGAAGAGCUUUUAAACAUUCGUCGCAGGAAAAAAGAGCUGAUUGAUGAUAUUGAGAGAUUAAAAUUUGAAAUUGCUGAGGUUAUGACCGAAAUUGAUAAUCUGACUAGUGUAGAAGAAAGCAAAACUACACAAAGAAAUAAGCAAGUAGCCAUGGGAAGGAAGAAAUUCAAUAUGGACCCUAAGAAGGGAAUACAGUUUCUGAUAGAAAACGACCUCCUGCAGAACACUGCAGAAGACAUUGCACAGUUCCUUUAUAAAGGAGAAGGAUUAAAUAAAACGGUAAUUGGAGAUUACCUCGGUGAAAGAGAUGAAUUUAAUAUUAAAGUUCUUCAGGCUUUUGUUGAACUCCAUGAGUUCGCUGAUCUCAAUCUUGUACAAGCCUUAAGGCAGUUUCUGUGGAGCUUCAGACUCCCAGGAGAGGCUCAAAAAAUCGACCGUAUGAUGGAAGCUUUUGCUUCACGCUACUGCCUUUGUAACCCAGGAGUCUUCCAGUCUACAGAUACUUGCUAUGUGCUCUCAUUUGCCAUCAUUAUGUUAAACACCAGCCUGCACAACCACAACGUGCGAGAUAAACCCACAGUGGAGAGGUUUAUCUCCAUGAAUCGUGGAAUUAAUGAGGGUGGAGACCUUCCAGAGGAAUUACUGCGGAAUUUAUAUGAAAGUAUUAAGAAUGAGCCGUUUAAAAUUCCAGAGGACGAUGGAAAUGAUCUCACACAUACGUUUUUUAAUCCAGACAGAGAAGGUUGGCUGCUGAAAUUAGGGGGAAGAGUAAAAACGUGGAAACGGAGGUGGUUUAUUCUGACUGAUAAUUGCCUGUAUUACUUUGAAUACACAACAGACAAAGAACCCAGAGGAAUUAUUCCAUUAGAGAAUCUUAGCAUAAGAGAAGUUGAAGACCCUAGAAAACCAAACUGCUUUGAGCUCUACAACCCCAGCCAUAAAGGUCAGGUAAUUAAAGCAUGUAAAACUGAAGCUGAUGGUCGAGUGGUGGAAGGCAACCACGUAGUGUAUAGAAUAUCUGCUCCCACCCCAGAAGAGAAGGAAGAGUGGAUUAAAUCUAUCAAAGCAAGUAUCAGCAGGGAUCCCUUUUAUGAUAUGCUGGCAACAAGGAAACGGAGGAUUGCAAACAAGAAAUAG